AUGCUCACUUGUGUAUUGCCGCACCAGAGCAGAUUAAAGCUCGAUCCACGUCAGGGCCAGGUUUUCUUUGUGCCCCUCCCCUAUGAACUUGGACACCUGCCCCGCUGCAGUGUCCCACUCUGUGUUUUGUUUCUUUUUCCUCCUUCUUUUGCUUCCUUCUCUUUUCCUCCUUAUAGUCUGAAGACUAGAGUCCUUUCUGGUCUUACUCAGUCCCGAUUGGACAAAACAAAUGCAACCUUCUCUCCUCUUUCAGAUGGCCAUAGCAAUUCCUAUGGCAAAAUGGCAACUGAGCAGAGAACUUUGCACAAAUCCACUGAUUUUGAUGAAAUCGAAGAAAAAGAAUGGAUUGAGUUGCCAGAAUCCUCCCCAGAAGACAAACUGCAUAACGGUACUGGACAGCAAUUGGUGACCAUGACUGGUACGGUUACUCGAGGCUAUCAAGCUGGACACGUGGUUGAAGUUCAACUGGAACUGACACAAGAAGAACUGCGUAAACUCACUCUUGAGAGGAAAUUCAAAGACGAUGAUGCCAAGCGUCAAAAAGCACGCCGUUGCACUUGGGGUCUGCGUUCUGGACUGCACGUGGUACUACUGGGUGUCAUUUGUGUGCCUGCUGCUUUCAUCUUUUCCACAGCAUAUUCAUUCUACAUUGGCUGCAACACAUGUUUUUUCCAUUCUUUUUUUUUUUUUUUUUCUUUUUCUCUUCUCUUCUCUUUUUUCUCUUCUCUUUUUUUUUCUCUUCUCUUCUCUUCUCUUUUUUUUUCUCUUCUCUUCUCUUCUUUUCUUUUCUCUUCUUUUCUUUUCUCUUCUUUUCUCUUCUUUUCUUUUUCUCCGUCUCUUUCUCUUUUCUUUUCUCUUUCUCUUUCUUCUCUUUUCUUUUCUUUCCAAUCAACAAAUUCCAUUCCUUUUUAUUUCUAUAAAAAUUGCUAA